UUAUUCAAAAUGUCCAAAGGACUUAUUAACUAACCCAAAAGAAAACGGAAGAAGGAGAGGGGAGAAGGGUAGUGAUGCUUCUUCUUCCCCCUCUAUUGAGUGUUUUCUUUGGGAAGAGAGUAGAAGAGAGAGUGCUACGUUUUCUUGAUGGGUUUUUUUGUGCUUUCUUUUUUUGGGUUAAAUUUUUUUUUUUUUAGUAUAAGCGAUAGUCUAAACUAUAAAGAGAUAUAUAUUUUUUCAUACACACUACAAUGAUGUCAUAAAAACUUUGCAUGUCAAUACAAUUUUUUACUAGACUAGAUUAUGUUGACUUGGGUUAAAUUUGUUUAAGUUACCUUUACGGAAAACUUCAAAUAGGGUUACCCGCUAAAAUCCUAAAACCCCUAUUCUACCUCUAUAGCCGUUAUUCCAGUAGUGACAAAUUCGCGCCACGUUGUAUUCUCGACGACCCUAUCAAUUUGCAGGAGGAAGAUGUUGGAGGCCAAGAGUCUGAGCAAGGCGGUGGUGCCGUCCUCUCUCAUAGAGAAUCCUUCUCCUGGUAGCCUCCAGUCCACUCGCCUCGCUCUCCAUGUUAGCGAGGACUGCUCUUCUUGUUGGGUCUACAUCGCCUCCGGUUGCCAGAUUUACAAACUCCAGAUUCCAUUGGAAGCUUCUCUGAUCAGCGAAGGAAAAGAAAGCCUUCUGAUCCCAGUACAAACUGAGGUUAUGAACUCUUUGAUGGUUAACCGCUGCCCUCAUCGUUCAGAAAUUCAGAGUAUAGUUCUUGCUGAAACUGAGAGCACGGGCUAUUCAAUGUUGGGAACUGUUGAUUCUUAUGGUCAUCUUAUUGUAUCUAAACUAGAUACUACUGGUACAGAUGUAGAGAGGCUUACUUAUUCAGUAUUGCCUCGUGAUUGUGGCAUUGGAGAAAGUGGUUGGGCGGGGCUUUGCUUCAGUCCAACACAAUGGUCUACGGCAGCUGUUGCACGUAGCUUCUGCAAAACCAUCGAUGUUUAUGACCAGGACAUCCAUGUCAGGACAUUAUGUACACUCUGGUACCCAUCAUCACUGAACUUCACAAAAAGUUCGCAUUAUGGGAACGAGGGCUCUAUAUUAGCAAUCACAGAAGGUUCCCAGCUGACUAUAUGGGACUUGAGAAUGAAAGAAAAUGGUGGCUGUCUACAACGAAUAUGCGGUUCCCUUGGUGAUGCGUUUUAUGCUGUUUGCAGUUCUUCAACUGGGAAUAUUGCAGUCGGUGGAGCUGAUCGUACAGUGACAAUCUAUGAUCCUCGCAGAUGGUCAGCAUUAUCAAGAUGGGUGCACUGCUCAAAAUAUGAGAUAACUGGGCUUGCAUUCUCUUCAGUUGACUCCGACUAUAUCUACAUACAAGGGGUUGACUAUGAGGUCUUUUGUGGACAGUGGAAAGAAAGCAGCAAGGUAUUUUCAUUUAGAGGAGACUCAAACUGGCUUGGAUUUAGCAAGUGCCAAAACAAGGAUGUUCUAGGUGGAUGGUGCGACUCGGGGAGUAUCUUUGUGGCCGAUGUUGUAGCGAAAGAAAGCGAUACAAGCAUGCUGCAAGGUUUUGCCAAUGGAUCUCCCUAAUGCUGUGUUCAACUGUCAUCUCAUCUAUAUAAGAUGACUUUCACUUUCGUGCAGUACAACAGAAUUGUAAUAGCACAACCAUGCCCCCCAUUAAGCAACGAUCCAUAUUGACUUCUUACUUUUUUAGUUGUGGAAUUUAUAUUUUGUAAAUGGAAUGUAUGGUUUAAGUUUUUCUUCCUUAAAAAGGCAAGGCCAAGUCUGAACCAAAUCAAGUGUAUUACUGGUAUAUGAACUGUUUCGUGAUUGCGGUGGAAGUAGGGCAGGGUCAAAAGCCCAUAUCUAGAGCUUGGAUCUUGUUUUUAU